CACCAAAGCGCGCCGGAAACGCGGAGUCUGCUGCGCGCUGCCCGCGGUGAGGGAAGGAAGUGGGCCUCGGAGCGGCCUGGGCUGUGUGGGCAAGGCCGCAGGCGGCAGCGGCGGCUGCUUCGACCAGCUGAGGGUGGCGCGAUGGGAGACGAGAUGGAUGCCAUGAUCCCCGAGCGGGAGAUGAAGGAUUUUCAGUUUAGAGCACUGAAGAAGGUGAGAAUCUUUGACUCACCUGAGGAGUUGCCCAAGGAACGCUCGAGUCUGCUUGCCGUGUCCAACAAGUAUGGCCUGGUCUUUGCUGGUGGAGCCAGUGGGUUGCAGAUUUUUCCUACCAAAAAUCUUCUGAUUCAAAAUAAACCUGGUGAUGAUCCCAAUAAGAUAGUUGAUAAAGUUCAAAGCUUGCUGGUUCCUAUGAAAUUCCCGAUACAUCACCUGGCCCUGAGCUGUGAUAACCUCACACUCUCCGUGUGCAUGAUGUCCAGUGAAUAUGGUUCCAUUAUUGCUUUUUUUGAUGUUCGCACAUUUUCAAAUGAGGCUAAACAGCAAAAACGCCCAUUUGCCUAUCAUAAGCUUUUGAAAGAUGCAGGAGGCAUGGUGAUCGAUAUGAAGUGGAACCCCACUGUUCCCUCCAUGAUGGCAGUUUGUCUGGCCGAUGGCAGCAUUGCUGUCCUACAAAUCACAGAAACAGUGAAAGUGUGUGCGACUCUCCCUUCCACAGUGGCAGUAACAUCUGUGUGCUGGAGCCCCAAAGGAAAGCAGCUGGCAGUGGGGAAGCAGAAUGGAACUGUGGUCCAGUAUCUUCCCACUUUGCAGGAAAAAAAAGUUAUUCCUUGUCCGCCGUUCUAUGAGUCAGAUCAUCCUGUCAGAGUUCUGGAUGUGCUGUGGAUUGGUACUUACGUCUUCACAAUCGUAUAUGCUGCUGCAGAUGGGACCUUGGAAACUUCUCCAGAUGUGGUGAUGGCUCUCCUCCCGAAGAAAGAAGAAAAGCACCCAGAGAUCUUUGUGAACUUUAUGGAGCCCUGCUAUGGCAGCUGCACAGAGAGGCAGCACCAUUACUACCUCAGUUACAUCGAAGAAUGGGAUUUAGUGCUGGCAGCAUCUGCGGCUUCGACAGAAGUCAGUAUCCUUGCUCGACAGACAGAUCAGAUUAAUUGGGAAUCUUGGCUUCUGGAGGAUUCUAGUCGAGCUGAAUUGCCUGUGACUGACAAGAGUGACGAUUCGCUGCCCGUGGGCGUUGCCAUCGACUAUACUAACCAAGUGGAAAUCACCAUCAAUGAUGAGAAGACUCUUCCUCCCACUCCAGUUCUUAUGUUACUUUCAACAGAUGGUGUGCUUUGUCCAUUUUAUAUGAUCAAUCAAAAUCCUGGGGUUAGGUCCCUCAUCAAGACGCCAGAGCGGCUGUCAUUAGAAGGAGAGCGACAACCCAAGUCGUCAGGGAGUACUCCCACUACCCCAACCUCCUCUCAAGCCCCACAGAAGCUCGACGCACCAGCACCUGCGGCACCCGUCCCUGGUCCACCUUCGUCGCUGGCUGCUCCCCCCUCCACCUUCUCUUUGCCUUCUGCUGUUGGAGCUCCUGCACUGUUCUCCUUCGGUUCUUCCUCCUUGAAGUCAUCUGCUUCUGUCCCAGGCGAGCCCCCUCCAUAUGCCAGUGGCUCGGGCGCAUCCACCUUCUCUUUUGCUCCUCCUCCUCAAGCCUCCCUAGCUCCCACCCCUGUAGCCUCUCCCAUGACGCCGUCCGCUGCCUCGUUCUCCUUUGGAUCCUCGGGUUUUAAGCCUGCCCUGGAAAGCACACCGAUGCCGAGCGUGUCUGCUCCAAACAUAGGACUGAAGCCCGCCUUCCCACCCUCAGCCUCCUCAGUCAAGGUCAACCUUAGUGAGAAGUUCACUGCCGUGGCUCCCUCCACUCCUGCCAUCAGCUCCCAGGGUGGGCCCGUGACACUGCCGUUCCCCUCUGCCUCCAAGCCGGCUGCUUCUGGACCCCUCGGCCACCCCACGCCGCUCUCAGCACCACCUGGCUCUGUGUCUUCGAAGUCCUCAGUCUCUCCCUCAGCAUCAGCAGGGCGGUCUACUCAGGGCAGCCCAGGCCCCGUGCCCUCAAUGGUACAGAAGUCACCCAGGAUAACCCCUCCAGUGGCAAAGUCAGGCUCUCCCCAGGCGAGACCACCUCAGCCUCCUGUUGCAGAAAAGCAGGGACACCAGUGGAAAGAGCCAGAUCCUGUGAUGGCUGGAAUCGGGGAGGAGAUUGCGCACUUUCAGAAGGAGUUGGGAGAGCUGAAAGCCCGGACGUCCAAAGCCUGUUUCCAAGUGGGCACUCCGGAGGAGAUGAAGAUGCUGCGAACGGAAUCCGACGACCUGCACGCCUUUCUUUUGGAGAUUAAAGAGACCACGGAGUCUCUUCAUGGAGAUAUCAGUAACCUGAAAACAACUUUACUUGAGGGCUUUGCUGGUGUGGAAGAAGCCAGGGAACAAAACGAGAGGGACUGCGACUCUGGGUAUCUGCACUUGCUCUAUAAGAGACCCCUGGACCCCAAGAGUGAAGCCCAGCUCCAGGAAAUUCGGCGCCUUCAUCAAUAUGUGAAAUUUGCUGUCCAAGAUGUGAACGAUGUGCUAGACUUGGAAUGGGAUCGGCAUCUGGAACAAAAGAGAAAACAAAAGCGCUUGCUUGUGCCAGAGCGAGAGACAUUGUUUAACACCCUAGCGAACAACCGGGAAAUCAUCAACCAGCAGAGGAAGAGGUUGAAUCACCUAGUGGACAGUCUCCAGCAGCUCCGUCUCUAUAACCAAACCUCGCAGUGGAGCCUUCCCUCGGAUGUCACCUCCCAGAGCGGCACUCAUGGUUUUGACAGUGACCUCGAAAGUCUCCGUAAUGCUUUAUUGAAAACCACCAUAGAAUCUCACACCAAGCCCUUGUCCAGAGUGCCAGCUAAACUGUCACCCGUGAAACAGGCACAGCUGAGAAACUUCUUGGCCAAGAGGAAGACUCCCCCAGUAAGAUCCACUGCUCCAGCCAGCCUGUCCCGGUCAGCCUUCCUGUCUCAGAGAUACUAUGAAGACUUGGACGAAGCCAGCUCCACGUCGUCCGUGUCCCAGUCUUUGGAGAGCGAAGACGCACGGGCGUCCUGUAAAGACGACACGGUGGCGCAGGUCCCACGGCACGCGCCUGUGGCGCGCACCCCUUCCAUCCAGCCUGGGGUCUUGCCGCAAGCAGUGCCUUUCGCUAAAUCUCACCUGAUUCAUGGUUCGCCUGGCGUGCUGGGGACGUCCAUGUUGACAUCUGCUAGCAAAAUUAUUCCUCAAGGGGCUGAUAGCACAAUGCUUGCAACAAAAACCGUGAAACAUGGCGCCCCCGGUCCUUCGCACAGCCUCUCGGCCCCUCAGGCGGCUGCCGCUGCAGCGCUGAGACGUCAGAUGGCCAGCCAGGCCCCAGCUGUAAGUACUUUGACUGAAUCAACUCUGAAGAAUGUCCCUCAAGUGGUAAAUGUGCAGGAACUGAAGAAUAACCCUACAGCCACCUCUGCAGCGAUGGGUUCUUCGGUGCCAUACUCUGCAGCCAAGACACCUCACCCUGCAAUGACCCCAGCAGCUGCUAACCAGGCUAAGCAGGGAUCUCUAAUAAAUUCCCUAAAGCCUCCGGGGCCCACGCCAGUGUCUGGUCAGUUGUCAUCUGGUGAUAAAGCUUCAGGGCCAGGGGCAGCCAAGAUAGAAACAGCUGUGACUUCUCCCCCUCCUGCUGCUGGGCAGCUCAGCAAGUCUUUCUCAUUUUCUCCAGCAGGGACUGGCUUUAAUUUUGGGAUAAUCACACCAACCCCGUCUUCUAACGUCACUGCCACACAAGGGACAGCACCCCCUGCUAAAGAGUCACAGCAGCUCGACGCGUUCUCAUUUGGCGGGGGAGGCAAACCCUUUUACGAGCCUGUGGCUGAGAGCUCACCCCUGUCGGGGAUGACAGCGCCACCCAGCGCCGGAGCCUCUCCUGCCGAGCCUGCGCCUUCCAGCAGCCGACCCGCAGCACCUUCUGGAAUUGCUCUUUCUAACUCCUCUAGCAAGCUGGAAACUCCACCAUCCAAGUUGGGAGAGCUUCUGUUUCCAAGUUCUUUGGCCGGAGAGACCCUGGGAAGUUUUUCGGGACUGCGCGUCGGCCAAGCAGAUGAUUCCACAAAGCCAGCCAUUAAGGCUUCAUCCACAAGUCUGACUAGUGCACAGCCGACCAAGACUUCAACCGUCCCCUCGGGGUUUAGUUUUACUGGGCCUCCCGUGUUAGGGAAGCACGCAGAGCCCCCUGUGACCUCCUCUGUGACCGCCGCCACAGGGGCACCGGCAGCAGUGAGCCCAAGCGCUAGCACUUCCUCGCCUGGCAUCUUUGGCAGUCUGCCCCUCCCCAGCGCGGGAUCCUCCGGGGUGAUCGGUUUCAGUGGGAUGGCCCCAAGUGGUAGCAAGACGAGUUUUUCCUUUGGAAGCCAACAGACGAGUAGUACGGUACCCCCAUCCACCCCUCCGUCGGCGACAACUGCCGCUCCCCUUCCUACCUCGUUCCCCACCUUGUCAUUUGGUAGCCUCCUGAGUUCAGCAUCCACUCCCACCCUGCCUGUGUCCUCUGGUAAAAGCACAGAGGAGGCCACGUCCUCAGCUUCGCCUGAGAAGCCAGACAGCAGUGAGGCCUCAGCAUCAACAGCCUCACUCCUGGGGCAGCACCAGUCAGCCCCGCUUCCCCCAGCUCCUCUGCAGACUUCUGACUCCGGGAAGAAAGAAGCUGCCCUCGCGCAGCCUGCGGUCAGCAGCGCCGGCCCUGCCGCGACCAGUUCCAGUCUCGUGGCACCUGGUGCAGAGGCCACUCCAGCAGCCCCCGCGGUCCCUGAUGUCAAGACAGAGCCGGCAGCUCCUGCUUCCACGGUCUCGGCGCCCGGGCAGCCCGCCGUCACGGCAGCGACGACCCCAGGCACGGUCCCUGUGGCCCUUGAAACCCCAGGUCCCCCCACGACCUCCAGUUCUGUUGCCAGCGUUGCUCCGAGCCUGGCGACGGAGACGGCGGCGUUUGGGACCGCCACUUCGGGCUCCUCUGUCUUCGCUCAGCCACCUGCUGCUAGCUCUAGCUCAGCUUUCAGUCAGCUCCCCAGCAGCACGGCCACCGCCCCCUCGGCUGCCCCUGUGUUUGGGCAGGUGGCGGCCAGCACCGCACCGAGCCUGUUUGCGCAGCAGACGGGCAGCAUAGCCAGCUCGGCGGCCGCCACGCCGCCGGCCAGCAGCUCGGGCUUCGGCAGCCCCGCCUUCGGCACCUCGGCCCCCGGGGUCUUUGGACAGGCGUCGUUUGGGCAGGCCCCGGCCUUUGGGCAGUCAACAAGCAGCCCCGCGAGCGGCUUUUCCUUCAGUCAGCCUGGGUUCAGCUCUGUGCCUGCUUUUGGGCAGCCCGUGUCCUCCACCUCCACGUCUGCCAGUGGGAACGUCUUUGGUGCCUCUUCGAGCGCCAGUAGCUCCAGCGCCUUCUCAUUCGGACAGUCUUCUGCCAGCACAGGAGGGGUGCUGUUUGGCCAAAGCAACCCUCCUGCGUUUGGGCAGGGUCCCGGCUUUGGGCAGGGAGGCUCUGUGUUUGGCGGCACCUCAGCCACCACCACGACAGCGUCAUCAUCUGGGUUUAGCUUUUGUCAAGCUUCAGGUUUUGGGUCUAGUAAUACUGGUUCUUUGUUUGGUCAAGCAGCCAGCACUGGCGGAACAGUCUUUGGCCAGCAGCCCUCUUGCAGUGGGAACAUGUUUGGGUCUGGAAACACUGGAAGAGGGGGAGGUUUCUUCAGUGGCCUUGGAGGGAAACCCAGCCAGGAUGCAGCCAACAAAAACCCAUUCAGCUCGGCCAGCGGGGGCUUUGGAUCUGCAGCCACCCCAAGCCCACAUCGCUCUGUUUCUUAGGGUUGAAAUGACUUGAAGUGAAUGCAAGCGGACAGGCAUAAAUGAGAGCAGCAGAGCAAGCUGGGUGUGCUUGGAGAAGGAGCAUCUGGAUGUUCGUUGUGUAGUACUCUCUCUGAAUUUGCUUUAAAAUUCAGCUGCCACAGAGAAAUGUUACCCAAAACUCAGAGCCUUCGUUAUUUCUCAUCUCUCACAUUUCAAAUGAAGCUGUAUCGUUCUGCUGGCACUUUUUUUCCAGCUAAUUUUUCAAAUUCUUUGUUGAUCUGUCUAUUCGUGGUUAGAAAUGAAAGAAAUUUGGGUUGUUGUUGUUUUUUUUAAUCUGAAAAAAAUAAAAAAUCCUGCUGCAGAUGGAGGCUGAGAUGGGAAGUUGGGGGCCUGUCAUCUUCAUCUCUGCUUCCCUCGUUUACCACGCCGCACACGGAGCGUCUCUCGUCUGCUGUGCUAACACAAGAUCCUCAAGAAUCGGGAGCUAAUGUUCUCAGACAGGACUGAUACUCCCUUCACGGUUAAGGCUCAUGCAGUUCUAAGCAGAGUUCUCUGUCCUGAGUCUCCAGAGUCACUGAUCAAUUGUUUUGAUGUCACUGUCCACCUAAGUAACACAGAAGGAAAGAUUAGAGUCAAGAGACACAGACCUCUUCACUUGUGAAAUUAUAUGAGCAGAAAUUUUUGUUCUUUAGCUUUCAGUCUUCCGGGAGAAAUUUAGAAUCCUAGAAUGAGGGACGCCUGGGUAGCUCAGUCAGUUAAGCGUCUGCCUUCAGCUCAGGUCAUGAUCCCCCACGUCCCUGCUGAGCAGGGAGCCUGCCUCUCCCUCUCCUGCUCUCCCUGUUUGUGCACCCUCUGUCAAAUAAAUAAAACCUUAAAAAAAAAAAAAAAAGAACUCUAGAAUGAAGGGAUCCUAGAAACCGAAUCUAGUACUUUUCAAAACACUUUCUACAGAUGAACUUCUCAGCAGAAUCCUGAUGCGUAAAACAGGUAAAAAUAGGUCUGCUUGGAAGUAGGGGUCAAGAACCAGAGAUGCUGGGUGGUUUCCCCAUCUACCUGCGCCCAGCUCUCAGCGUGGAACCGCAGGGCUCCAUAGCACAUACUUGGACAACAGGAUCCUUGUGUGGCAUUCUCUCCAUUUUCCAAUGAGGAAACAGGCCCCGAAUGGUGAGGUGAUUUUAAGUGCCAGAAAGUGGCAGAUCUAGGACUCUGCUAGUUCAUAUGUAGCCUACAGAACAGCAUCUGGCGCAGAAGAAGCACUUGGUAACAUGCUACUUAGAAAUGUGGGUUUCUCCCGUAGGUAGGUUACCAUCUGUGAGACUGUGGUACUAACCAGUUUUGUUGAAACUUAAGUAUGUCAUACCCUUGUAAAAUCCCCUUUCCUCCUGGCUGAUUCAUCUCCUAGGCCCUGGCUCUUGCUGUCAACGAAUUGCCUUCUCUCGGUGGGGGACUGACGAUGGCUUGCCCUGGCUCGUGAGAGCCAGCUGUGCACCCUCUCCAAUUCUGCAUCCGGUGACCUCGUGUCGGGCAGCCUGAACUCUGCCAUUAGGCGAGUGUGUACCCCAUAGGAAUUGGACAGCAGGGCAAGUCAGCGCUGCCCUCCUCCACCCCCAGUCCGUUGUUCACUGGCACAGCGUUUUUCUAAUUCUUUAAUUCUGGUUUAAAAUUAAACCAGGUAUUUUUAUAGGAUUAUUCCAGAUUCUUGAUACCAGACACCUGCUGGUCUUCAUUUUCCUAAACACUGGUUUUUAUAAAUCAUCAGUUUACUUUUAUGGUAAGAGAAGUUUCAGGUACAGAAAAGACUUAAAACAUUCUUUUGUUUUGAAAACUGAAGGUCUGAUUCGAUAGUGAAAGGGACAGGAGCCUCUGUAGCCCAGAGGACCAGGUGCAGGAGAAGGGGAAGAACGGUGGAGGAGAAGGAGCUAGAGGUCAUCUGGGGACAGGCAUUGUCCUCACCAGAACUAAGGAUGCUUUCUGCGAACCACCGGGGACAGCCUCUUUCUCUUUGGGUGAAUCUGCAGUAUUUGACACUUUGAGCACAACGUCUUUCCUGGGCUGUAUAGACCGACUCUCCUGGUUUCUCUUCCUGCCUUUCAAACGGUUCCUUCUCUACUGCUUCUCUCUGGCCUUGCAGGCAUGUCCCCAUUGUCAUCUGGGUUAUCACAGUAGUCUCCAGACUCCCCUCCCUGCUUCCAGCCUCCUCCCCUGGCAUGUGGACAUUCACACCAAGCUGAGUGUUUUUAACUCUGCUUUGCUUUUGCCUCUCUCCCUACGCAAAACCCCCGGCAGCUUCCCACCGACGUGAAGCCAGCCUCUCUGCUUGGAAGUCUGGGCCCUCCGUGAGCUGCCCCACACACUUUUCUGUCCCCCCAGCAUGCUCCCUCUGCGUUGGCCAGUUUGUCUGCUGGCCAUCCUUCGUACACGCGCUGCUCCUCUCUCCCCGCUUCAGUGCCAGGGCUCCCCUGCUCCCUCCACUCCACCCGCCAAACCCACCCUUCCUUUAAGGGUGACUGUAAGUCUACGCCAGCGUCUGGAAUCCGGCAGCCCUUGCGUUCCAUUCCUUCAUGUGACAUCAGGUGGAAGGGAACGGAUCUUUAUGGGCCACCUCCUGUGCACCAGAUGCUCCAUUUAGGUGGGCUGGCCGCUUCUUACAACAGGACUUUUAGAUGUGGCUGCCCCCAUUUUACCAAUAAGGAAAUAGGCUCAGAGAAGGGACGUGGACUUACAGAGGUAGCAGCCGUAAAGUGGAGGAGCCAGGGUUUAAUCCGAGUAUGUUUCCAGAACUCUGAUCCACCCCCUUGCCUCCUGAGAUCUUCCUAGCCUUGCGACGGAGCACAGUUCCUCCCAGGUGUGUCUUGUCUGACAGCCCUCGGGCUCGUUCUCGGUGGCAUCGAACAUGCUCCCCUGCAGAUAGAGGUCUGAGCACAGACUGAGCAGCCAGCAGUUUUCCCUUGUGACAUGUGGGCUCCAGGCUGCCUGGUCCUGAAGCUGCCCUCUUCAGCCCUGAGAAGUCAUUAGACCUCUGCCCUGAUGGAGAAAGACCAGCCAGGAACACUGUUGCUGGGAGUUGGCAUGUUCUUUAUCCAGAAGCUCCCACCUCCUAAAGGUUUCUGCGCUCUCUGCCCCCAGGGACUACCUGAGAUACACGGUUAACCCCUGGGGUCACUUAAAAUUCAGCACCACCCUACACUGUUACCUGUAAGGACUUACUGCCUCCUCGAGUCUUGUCCUAAGGACACUGGUUAGACCCAUCCUCAGCACAUCCUUUCUGUUCAGAGACCUGAAAGACAUACUUGCAUGAGGAUAAAGAAGCCAUUUGAGGACAAUCUUGUGGGCCCCCAAGGUUCCCUCUACAACUGUUCUUUAAGAAAAUGUCUUGGAAAGCAUCCUGGGCCAGAGCUUCUUGAGGAACCCCCUUCUCAGUGCGUGUUAAAUUCUAAUAGGUGACUUUAGACCCGUAGAAUGACAUGAGACCUAGUCCCUGUGAUAGUGUUUAUAUCAAAUUUAUAUCAGGUAUAAUUUAAUUAAAGUACGGUUGGACCCUGAUGUCAGGCAAGUGUUUUUUGCCAAAUAAAAGACCCAGGAGGACCCAUGUCGUGCCAGCAGGGGGAAGCCCAGAGCAGACGCUGGUUGUCCCUGGACUCGCCACCCCCGAGAGUAGAAGUGACCAGCCCACUCUGUGAAGACAGGCUUUCUUCCAGCUGCCCUACCCACAAACGAAGAGGCAUCUCCUACGACGGCAUAGUGUUCCAACAACCAAGAUAACCCUCGUACUUGUCGUAUUUUAAGAGCCAGGGACUGUAUUAUUUUGGAGCUACUGGGAGAGAACUGAGAAGCACGUUGUUGACCGUGGAAACAGAGAAGCAGACCUCGUUUAAUGCCACUUUGCUUCAGAGCCGCUUGAAUAAAUCCUAAAACAUUUCAACAUGCAGAGCUCCUCUUGAGACUGCGAACGAAAACUGUUACAACUUGACUGGUUUAACUCUCAGGAUCUUUGCAAAAUGAAAAGGAUUACGUUUUCUGCCACUGAUCUGCUCUGUGUCUUAUAUUGAACACAAGUGGGAUGUAGUAGGAGGAAGACUUAAAGAAACAGAGAGGGGAAGUUCUAUUUCCUGAGGAUCUGCCAUCGGCCCAACUAGGCACUCUGCACAUGUCAGCCUAUCUGAUCCUCACAGCAGCCGUGUGGACCCCCCCCCCUUGCUAUCCCCAUUUUGUCGCAGAAGAAACUGGGACUUGGGAAGGUGAAGUCCUUGCCUCUAGCUACUAGGUGUCCUGAGCCAGGACUGACUGCAGAACACUCGUGCAUUCCACUGUAACGCUCAUGAGCAUCUUCAGACAGAGGCGUCUCAAGGAGAUGAAGGGGUAAAAAAUGCCUGGAAACGUCUGUGUUCUCUGACUUCAGGCAUUCCAGUCCCGGCAUCAUCCCGGUAAAAUCAUUUCACCUCUGUAUCUCAGAUUUCUCCCAAGAGGAGAGCUAGCCCCAGAUCUCGCACUUGAAUUGAUUUGCUAUUUGGAAUUUUUGCCGCGUUGGUACUAACAAAGUCAGAAAGUUGCAGCCCUCUGUUCCUGAGGUACCGAGUGAAGGAAUGGCUGAGGAACCCAUUUUUCAUCUCCAGCGUUGAAUGAAUGUACUGUCCCUGAAAGAAGAAAACGUGGACUCCAAGCUGGCACACUGACGGAAAGCUCAGGCUGUUCAAGAGGACAUUUUGGGGGCACCUGGGUGGCUCAGUCGGCUGAGCAGCUGCCUUCAGCUCAGGUCAUGAUCCCAGGGUCCUGGGAUCGAGUCCCACAUCGGGCUCCUUCCUCAGUGGGGAGCCUGCUUCUCCCUCUCUCACUCUGCCUGUCACUCUGCCUACUUGUAUUCUCUCUUUCUCUGUCAAAUAAAUAAAUAAAAUCUAUAAAAAAAAAAAAAAGACAUUUUGUAGGCUCUCCCUACGAAUCCCUCUACAAAAGGGAGAUGGAUAAUCCUGUGGUACCGCGUAUAGGGGUGAUGAAAAGGAGCUUGUGAACCCCUCCCGCCAUCAGUGUCUGGCGCACUCCUAGCCGGCCUCUCAAACUGCUAGCAGGAGUUUCACAGAGCAGGUGACCAUGUGGUGGCCUAGGGCUCUGUGUAUUGGUGCCUAGAAAUUCAAGGUGGUCAUGUCCCUGAGAUAAGGCUGUUCACUUCCUGGAUUGUAGACCAAGAGCAUUGCAACUGGAAGUAUUGACAGUCACAUCUCCCACGGGGGUGGGGCUGGUAGCGGAGCGAGAUGGGGGGCCUUGGGAUUGGCGGGUUAGUGGAGGACCACCUCUUCAAGCAACUGGACUUCGAGAGUGACUUGCUCCCCUCCGUUCUCUCCAUCACCUUCUCGGCGAGCACCUGAUCGGCAGGGGGGAAGACCCGCCCGUGCAGAUGCUUGCUCUUCUCACUUGGUGAUGUGGCACACACUCUCCAUUACCCACCGGGAGCAUCCAGUCAGUGCCCAGCUUAUGCCUGUGCCUUUGGGCCUAGACCCCGUUUCGGGACAGCUUCUCCCUGCCUUCUUUGGGUGCAAACUUACUUUAAUAAAACGCAUCCAAACACGGUGGGGAAGUGUGAGUUGUCCCUCCCCUCUCCCCCAAAAAAGGGUGAAAGAAAAAUUCCUGCUAAUGUGCUGUUUGUGUUCCCAAGUGCUUCUGUGUAUAUGGUUCUGGCUACUUAUGUGUGUUACCGGUCAGAUUUAAAUUUCUUAUAACCGACAAAACACUUCUUACCCGUCUUGGUUUUUAGGAGUUAGUUGCCUUUAUUCCUUUCAGUCGUGGUGUGGCUUCAGUGUGUAGAGGGAGUGACCCACCUAGAUAAGUAUCUGAAAGGUCAAGGGCUUCACUGAACCGCUUAGGAAAAGGAAAUCAGACUGGAAGUCUUGCUGCCUCUUAACGUUCUUCAGAACAUCUCUGGCUCCCCUCAGAUCAGAGUUAGGAGCAUCAUGGUUUUUCUUGUUUCACUGCCAUUCCCUGAGCAGAUCGGGCAACAGCAGACAUGU